AUGCCAGCAAGGAGCAGUAAACUGCAGCAGAACUCAAGAUCUCUUCGUGGAUUUGUGGAUUUCGUUGCCUUCGAGAGGAGAUAUCUAAAAUUGCAAUCAGAACGGUUGCGAUUCGGCGCUGCAGCGCAAAACAUCCACGAACGAGGGAAAAGAAAUGACGGAGACGGAGAGUUCUCGAUUGAAUCGCGAGAAUGUGUGCGAUACAUGGAAACGCAGAGCGUUAUCAGAUCGCGUCCUGAUAAGGCCUUGACGUGCGCCGCGACGGCGAUUAGAGAUCGCCGCGCGACAGGAGAGCGACACGCACACGCACGUUGGAGGGUCGCGCAAAUAACGCUCGAACUUCGCGCAAAGCUGCUCACUGCUCUCUACGCUCUGCAAAAAAGGAUAGUACUCAUGUGA